AAAAUUUUCUUAUCUAUUUUUUUCGGUGUUUCUGAAAAAAUUUUCAUCAUCGUGAAAAAAUUCAGAUUUAUUACGAUGGAAUAAUUCUUCACGGUUAAAUUUUAGCGUAAUAUUCGCGAAUAAGUAUUCAUCUGUGAAAUGGCUGGCUCUAGUUUGCUUCGCAGUGCGAUAGUUUCACGCUGCAGACCUCUCUUGGCUCCUGCUCUUGGUCGAACUAUCACCACCACGACCAAUUUACAAAAGAAGAAAAAUGAACUUAUCACUCUGGAACCUAUCGAACUCGCCACCGGAAUGUACAAAAAGGAUAUCCUAGAUCGACUCAUAGAGAAAGAUGAUCCAUUCUCAGUGAAAACACUGAAACAUGGACCAGGAUCGAAAGAAGAACCUAACAUGAUUCCUUCAGCCUUCGAAUCCAGAAUGGUUGGCUGUAUUUGCGAAGAAGAUUCUUCGACAAUUGUCUGGAUGUGGUUACAUCAAGGUGAAGCGAAAAAGUGCCAGUGUGGGUUUUGGUUCAAGUUGUAUUACGAAACUCCUAUUCUUGAAAAGGGUACUUUAGAAUUAGAGUAAUUUUUUUUAAGAUUCGCCAACGUUUCAUUAGGAAAAUUAGAUGUCCAAUCGACGAAGUUUUAAUCCUAUUAUCUCGACUACAGCGAAAAGAUGAUAAAAUGAUUUUUAAUAUUGUUCGUGUGCUCGUUUGUAAAGUGUAUAUUGAAAUUAUUUAUUGUUAUUGCUGAAAUUAUACUAAAAAAAAAAGAUCAAGUAGAAUAA